AUGAAUUCAGCAGUAAGGAGAGCCAUUCCGGAUGAGGCCAGGUCCACUGCCACCUAUUACUAUACACUGAUUCUGGGUGUCCAUGAGCUCUCAAACCACACCAAUGCCAUGGUAGAAUCCAACGUGCAAAAAAUUAUCCUACACCCGGACUAUGAUGGCAAGGCUGCCUCCAGUGGGGAUAUCGCUUUACUUAAACUGCUGACUCCUGUGAAAUUCACUGACUACAUCUUCCCCAUCUGCCUGCCCAACCCUUCCAUACAGCUUCCUCAGAAAACAGACUGCUGGGUCUCUGGAUGGGUAGAUACUCAAGGAGGAGAGCCAUUGCCAAAUCCAUUUGCCAUGCGGGAAAUGAAAGUGUCACUCAUAAGCCGAGGCACCUGCAACAAUCUCUAUAAAGCUGAUGCACAUGGCACAUUGGAUAAGGAUCCUAUCAAGCCUGAUGAGAUCUGUGCUGAGUACCCAGAAAAUGGGAAGGAUGCCCACCUGAGUUCUAUUUUGCACUGCAAAUCAGUAAUAAAUCCUCUUGCAUUCUCUCCUUGCUCCACAGUCUGUGGACAACCGGUGAAUUCUCCACGAAUUGUUGGGGGCCAAGCAGCUGCUGAUGGGUCCUGGCCCUGGCAAGUCACCAUUUUACGACGUGGCUAUUUCAUUUGUGGGGGUUCUCUCAUAGCCAAUGAGUGGGUUCUGUCAGCAGCUCACUGCUUCUUUCGAUACCCCAAUAGCCCAUAUCUUGUGCUGCUGGGUACCUAUCAGCUCUUCAACCUGACAAGUAAUGUGACUGUCUCCAGAGUGCAGAAGAUUAUCCUCCACCCUGACUAUAAUGGCCAUGUUGGUUCCUUAGGAGAUAUUGCUUUACUUAAACUGCAGACUCCUGUGGAAUUUACAGGCGACAUCCUGCCCAUCUGCCUGCCAGGCGCUUGUGUAGAAUUCCCUCCAGACACAGACUGCUGGGUCACUGGAUGGGGAAUGAUUAAAGAAGGAGUGCCUUUGUACCCACAAGUCCUCCAGGAAUUGAAGGCGCCACUCAUAAGCCAAAAGGCCUGCAAUGAUAUUUUUAACAAUGCCUCAUCCAAAGACAUGGCCAUGGAUCCUAUCAAGGCUGGUAUGAUCUGUGCUGGUUUCCCAGAAGGUGGAAAGGAUUCCUGCCAGGGAGACUCUGGAGGACCCUUGGUUUGCAAACUUGGAGAAAGUUGGACCCAAGCUGGAAUUGCGAGCUUUGGAGUAGGGUGUGCCAGACCGCACUACCCUGGUGUCUACACAUCAGUGCCUUACUAUGCUAAAUGGAUCGAUUAUAUUAUGGCCAGUGGUGGUGGUGGGCAGAGUGGGGAUAGAGAGUGCGGAAAGCCAGUGAUACAAUCUCCACGAAUUGUUGGGGGUCAGCCAGCCUCCAAUGGCUCAUGGCCCUGGCAAGUCAGCAUUCUUCAAGACAAUAGGUUUAUCUGUGGAGGUUCCCUCAUUGCUGACCAGUGGGUACUUUCAGCAGCUCACUGCUUCUUUGGACGUACAGCCAUCAACCAAUACAAGGUCCUGCUGGGGGCCUACCAGCUCUUGAACCUCAUAAAUACAGUGGUCGUCUCUGGCGUAAGACAGAUAAUCCUCCAUCCUGACUACACGAACAGUAUCGACUCCAGUGGGGAUAUAGCUUUGCUGAAACUGAACACUCCUGUGCAGUUCACGAACUUUAUCCUGCCCAUCUGCCUACCAGCCUCUUCUGUGCGAUUUUCUCCAAAUGCAGACUGCUGGGUCACAGGAUGGGGAGAUAUUCAAACAAAAGUGAACCUGCCACCACCGCUAACCCUCCAGGAACUGAAGGUGCCACUGAUCAGUCGAACUAUAUGCAACUAUCUCUAUAACCAUUUCCCAGUUAUAGACCUGCCCAGGAACCCUAUCAAGCUUGACAUGAUCUGUGCCGGAAGCGUGGAAGGUGGGAAGGAUUCCUGCCAGGGAGACUCCGGGGGACCCCUGGUUUGCAAUCUCCCAGAAGGUUGGACCCAGGCUGGCAUUGUCAGCUGGGGCUUUGGGUGUGCCCAGCCCGGUCACCCUGGUGUCUACACUUUUGUGCCUUUCUAUGCCGACUGGAUCCAAAAGACGAUGAACGGUGGAUUGCAAAGUGCCCCUCUUGCAACACUCCUCUUGCUGCCUCUUGCACUGACCCUCCUGUGA